CUCAAUUGAAACACAGUGAAGUCAAACGCUCCUUCAUCCUCCUCCUCCUCCUCCUGCCGCAGAGAAAACGAGCUCAGUCACUUUUCUCCACUUGACUCAGUUGAUCACAUGUUGAUGUGUGACAGCAGUGCACUGAUUUGCUGUGUGAUUGAUCACAUGUGUCUUCCCCUGAUGCUGCUGUGUGUCCUGGAGUCUGCAUCAACACUAAUGACCAGUUUCCUCUCACACACCCGCGACUCUCCCGUCAGCUUUCUCUAGUUUCAGGCUGGGAAUCGUCAGGAUGACGAGGAUUUUCUGGGAUACAAUUUUACUCAUAAGCGGUACUUUUAGUAUGUCUGUGGUUCUCGAUGGUUCUCUCUUUACAUUUGGAGCCGGACCGAGCAACACAACAAUCGAAGCUCGCGUUGCCAUCGACACAUACUCCAUCACUGCUCCAAACACCUCUACAAGCAGCUCUGCAGCGACCAGCAGCAUCAGCACCACGACAAUCGCAACCACAGCUGACAUCCAAACAGUUAAUGAUUCCCUCCUUAUGUUUGGAGCAGGGCAGAACAAUCAGUCAGCAGAAACAUUCAUCGAUGCCGGAAUUCCCAUUGAAACAAACUUUUCUUUGGCUCCGAACACAUCAACAACCAGCAGCACGAGUACCUCCACCACAACUGCUGCAACGACUACGACGACUAGCGUCCCUCCAGUUAAAAAGUUUGUGGCGGCCGCUGUUUGGUCUCAUUUCGACGACUGUCCAGACUCCCAUCGCCAUUUCUGCUUCCAUGGUACAUGUCGCUUCCUGAUAGUGGAGGAGAUGCCAGCAUGUGUGUGCCAUCAGGGUUUUGUCGGGAUGAGGUGUGAACACGCCGACCUGCUCGCUGUCGUGGCAACAAACCACAGACAGCAGACCGUUGCCACAGUGCUGGUGUUGUGUGUUAUCGGAUGUGUUCUGAUCAUGGUGUUGUGUACACUUUUACAUUGCUGGUGGAGACAGGACUGUCGGAGGCGGAGCCACGCACAUCACUACGUCUCAGAGAAGCAUGGAGCAUCCUGCUAUCCAUCGGAGAGUGUGGUUUGAGAAGACAUCUGAACACGAGCUGUCUGCAUCAUGGCGUGUUUCAUUUACCUCAUCAGUUCGACCUGCAGACCCUCAGGAUUUCAUCCAAAGUGGAAUGUUCUGCUCCAGACGACUUGAUGUGGGUGGUUAAAUGUUUUUUUUCGCACAGUGACUGGGACUUUUGGACUGCAGCGGCCCCCAGAACGUGUUUUUCUUCAAACUUUUGAUUCUGUGGAAAUACACUUAGAACUGCACCGGUCUGUCUGACCCUGUGAGGAUGCAGCUGAGGCCACAUUCCUCGUGCAGGAGCUCCGAGUGUGUCUCCAUUGGUAUUUAAGACUGACCUAAAGGACAUCAGAAAAGAUUUACAAGGCAAUUAACCAUCCUGUGUGGAUGUGGAGUAGGAAAGGCUGUGGGAUGACAACAAUUCAUUGACUCGAGUCAGAAAACCCCAAUUCCUAAUUUUGUCAUUUUAACUUCUUUGCACAAAAGAACUCUACAUGCACAGAGGAUAUUUUUAAGAAAUGGAGGUGGGGAAAACCGAUGCUCUAUAAAAAAAAAAAACGUUUUAGUAUCUGUUUUUAAAGAAGGAACUCACGUCGCCUGACAGGAGUAGGAAUUGUAACUGGACUGACUCCAAUGGAUUAAAAACCCUGGAUAUACAAAGACUUCUAUCAAUGAGUAAACACAAAGGUUGCAAUUGAAAAUUGUCCCAGUGUGGUUCUGAUAUGCAUUGGAGAGAAAAUAUCUUUUUAUUCCGGAGCUGCACUUGAACGUGCUCCAUGCACCAGAGGUUUUUUAAUGCAAGCUAUAACUGUACUAACACUUGCACAUCCUGGGUGUUCACAUUGUUCCAAGGAACUUUGGUCAAAUUUGCACUUUUCUGUAAGUUUGAUCAUCGUUCAUUACUCUACACUGAAUCACUUAUAAAAAGCGUCCACAUAGUGAGAGAUGCCAAAUACACUUGUUUUUAAUUUUCCUGAGUGAGCACUGAGGGGAGGAGAUGUACGGUUUGUACACGUACACUCUAAGCAUGCACGCACUUAAAUCACAACUUGUGUUUUUAAGGAGACACAAAAUAUUCUUUUAAUUUCAGGUGUGUUAUAGCGUUGCAUCUGCUUUGAAAUACUUUUAAAGUGAGAAAAGCCUCUGAGGGUCAGUUUAAAACAAUAUAUUUAACUUUUUCUUACAAAACUGGAAUAAUUAGUAAUAAUGAUAAUAAUAAUUGGUGAAGGAAUGAAAACUGACAGGGAUGUACAGUAAAGUGUGUUCAUGCUUUGUGUAAUAAUAAUUCCACCAUAAAAAGAAUGGGAUGGUAUUUUCAUGCCGAGAGACUCUGAGGGGAUGGUACUUUGCUUUGUUUACAGUAUGUGAUGAUAUUUACAUCCAGAAUGUGUUGAUGUUUGUUAUUACAGCAUUCAUGUGUAAAUAUCAAAACCACAGACAUAUUCUAUGUGUAUGUAUGUAUGUAUGUAUAAUGUCUGUAUAAAAUCAUGUGGAAGGGGAUGCACCCUUUAUUUUGUCAGAAAUAUGUUGUCACAGUUGGAAAGACUCUGUUAUCUGCAUUUCUUUUCCAAUGAAAAAUUUAAAAAAUGGAAGUGUCUUUGCAUUUUUUAUUUAUCAAUUAUUGUUUCAUCUGUUAUUUGAUUUGUUGUGUGACUCCCUUUUCACUUCCCGAAGCACUUUCCCUUCUUUUUCUUCUCUUUCUGCAAAUCCCCUGAUUAGCCGACACUUUUUUUUCUCUUCCACUGAAUAUUUCAAGACAUAGAAAUGUCAACAUGAAAUCCAGAACCCGAGGCACAAUUGAACAAAGAGCUGAACUCCUGAGUGCUUUUAUAGCUGAAGGAAACAUUUCAGCCUUCUUCUGUAUCGCCUUUUGUUUUAUUUGAUUUACAUUUCUGAGUUCACAGAAUUUA